AUGACCACAAUUACCUUUGUCACAGGUAAUGCCAACAAACUAAGAGAAGUCACCCAGAUUUUAUGUGGUGAUUCUUUAUCCUCCACUGUUGGCGAUUUCAGUAUUACUAAUAUGAAACUCGAUCUUGAUGAAAUUCAAGGUUCUGUUGAUGAAGUCACUAUUCACAAGACCAAACAGGCGGCAGAAAUCGUCAAAGGACCGGUUUUGGUUGAAGACACGUGCCUUGGUUAUAAUGCAUACAACAAUCUACCUGGUCCAUACAUCAAAUGGUUUUUGAAAAGCGUUGGAUUAGACGGGUUGGUAAAGAUGUUGGAUGGAUUUGAAGAUAAAUCAGCCAACGCAAUUACUACUUUUGGUUAUUGCGAAGGACCAGGUAAGGAUGUCUUGCUCUUCCAAGGCAUCACUACCGGUAAGAUAGUACCAUCCAGAGGUCCUACUGAUUUUGGGUGGGAUUCGGUGUUCUGUCCCGAUGGUUUCGAUACUACAUAUGCUGAGAUGAGAGGUGAGGAAAAGAACAAAAUUAGCCACAGAUCAAAGGCUUUAGCCAAACUCAAAGAGUAUUUAGAGGGUAUAUAA